AUGACCAUUGCCACCAUAUCGCUACCUUUGGGGAAGGCCAUUCCCGAAAAGCCUCACGCGAUAUCAGUGCAAAUACCAACAUGGAGUGACAUGUGCGGUAUGGGACGAGGAGACAUCCAAAUCAUGGAAGCCCUUCGAAAUGGAUAUCCGCGCACUUUUAUUCACAAAGAUGUUCAAGAGCUAUCUCGAGCAUGCCAGAGCCGGUUCCUUUCCUCUCCUGGAAAGAUUCUUCUAUUUCCCGACCCAAAAAGCGCACAGGCAUGCAAAAGUUACAUCAUUUCAUCCGAUAUUCAUAAAAAUGAAGCCAUCUCAUCAAAGUCGGUAUCAAUCUUCGCUAUAGAGACCGGCGAGUCUCAACCAACCAUCAUGCAUGCUGGCAAACCUCCAGGCCCAACAACUAUCUGGGCCAUCGCAUUUCCAGAAGAAUCAGCCAAAGUGGGGGCUCAAUUUUGGCGACUCACAGGCACGGGCAUAUCUUCUCGUCUCGCCGAGAAUUGUCUUCGAGAUGUCGAGUCCAUGCAACGAGUUGAUCGACCCGUGAAACGAUUCUACUCUGCAAUGUCCGCCGUUCAUCCGGUAUACCAAACUAUAUGCGCUCGUAUCGCAUACCUAAUGGAACGAGCCUCGACUGGAACGCCUCGAAGUCUAGCUGUGAGGCCAUCGGACGUCUUUCUUUAUCCAUCAGGGAUGUCAGCAAUCUACCAUGUGCAACAGAUGCUUCUCAAAUGGAGAGGUCUUGAGACCGUUGUCAUCGGAUUCCCUUAUGAACUUACCAUUAAGAUGGUGGAGACAUAUGGCCCGUCUUUCAAGUUUUACAGCCUGGGUACUGAUGAGCAGAUCGACGAGUUUGAGAUAUACCUCGAUACCAAGGCCCGCUCUGGCUCUAUGAUCCAAGCAGUCUGGUGUGAAUGUCCUUCAAACCCAUUACUAUACACAGUUGACCUGGAGAGAAUCCGAAAGCUCGCAGACAAAUAUGGGUUUGUCCUCGUCGUUGACGAAACCAUCGGCAGCUUUGCCAAUGUUGAUGUGUUGGGCGUGGCGGAUAUUGUGGUCACCUCGUUGAGCAAGUCAUUUAAUGGCUAUGCCGAUUUAUUGGCUGGAAGCGUCACCUUAAACCCCAAUUAUUGCUACUACGGUGCCCUAAAAACCUGUCUGAAGGAAGACUACACCAACAACCUCUACAUCGACGACGCAAUCCAACUCGAGCGCAACAGCCGUAACUUUCUAGAACGUGCAGCAAAGAUGAACGAUACUGCCGAAUGCAUCGUUGACUACUUAUCUCCAUUUGCCUCCGAUCCGUCCAGUGUAGUCAACGCAGUUCAUUACCCCAAAACAGGCCAGUCGACGCAGCGCUACAGAUCUCGCAUGCGUCAGGCAACCGACGAAUUCACGCCGGGGUACGGGUGCCUCUUCACAGUCGACUUUGAUACGAUUGACGCAUCCAGGGCAUUUUUCGAUAGCCUGGACGUACGGAAGGGCCCAUCGCUAGGUGCAAAUAUCACAUUGGCCCAGCCAUAUGUGCAGAUGGUUCUGCAGAAAGAAAAGAAAUGGGCAGCCAGCCAUGGCUUGAGGGAGACGAUUGUGCGGGUUUCCGUUGGACUUGAGGAUAAGCAUGUCGUUCUACAAAGUGUGAAGAAUGCGCAUAUGAUGGCGGAGAAGACGAAAGGGACACAUGCUUUGUAA